CGUACGCGCAGCGCGUACGUACGUACGUACGUCAGAGUGCUUCCUGCUUGUUGCUGCAGUUGGAAAUGGCGGAGCUGAAAGAGGCGGGCGCUCCUCAGCAGCACCAGGAGGACGGAGGCGCUAAACGCGAUGGAGCCACAGGUGAGGAAGCUGCUGCAGGUGAGGUCCAAGCCGCCGAGCAGAGUGAAGCUGCGGCAGACAGCGACAACAAACCUUCAACCACAACCUCCGACAGACACAUCUCCAUCCAGACCAAACUGGAAGGCCUGGAGAUGCUGGUGGACCUUAAUGGUGCCGGGCGGAAGUCCUGCCCUCUGUGUCCCGAGGAGAAAUUUAAAGCUUGCUACAGCCACAAACUGCGCCGCCACCUGCAGAACCUCCACUGGAAGGUCUACGUGGAGUUUGAAGGCAGCAGGAUGUGCAUCUGCCACCUGUCCUGCAGAAACCUGAAGCCCAGCCAGAGUGGAGAUCAGGUGUCGGGGAGGCACAUGGCCCACUACCACUGUGUGGUCUGCUCCGUCACCAUCGCCAGAAAGACCGACAUGAUCAGCCACCUGAAACGCCACGUCAACAAAGGCGAGACGGAGGCCAGCUACUCCGGGAGCUCAGACGUCCAGUUCGAGGAGCCGGCGCCGUCGGGUCAGGCCUACGAGAUCAUGAAGGAGCUCGGAACCAACGUGCAGCUCCUCCCGAACCACACCACCCCGCAGAAGAGCGACACCUACUUCAACCGCAAGAUGAAGACCAACAGGCAGCUGGUGUUCUGCUCCCUCGCGGUUCUGGCCGAGGAGAGGAACCCGCUCGAGUGUCUGGAUGCUUUUGGAGCGACAGGCAUCAUGGGCCUGCAGUGGGCCAAACACCUGCGUACCGCCGUCAGAGUGACGAUAACCGACAUCAGCGACACGUGCAUCAAAAUGAUCAAAGAGAACUGCGAGCUGAACAACAUCCGCGUCGAUGGCGGCUCCCGAGGCCCGCGGGGGCCCGAGAAGGCGUGCGGUGAGGCGGAGGCGGCUCCCGUUGCUACGGUGGAGGUUGCCAAGAUGGACGCCAACGUCAUCAUGCAUCUGCGGCCGUUUGACUACAUCCACCUGGAUCCAUUCGGCACGGCCGUGAACUACCUGGACGCUGCCUUCAGAAAUAUCCGAAACCUGGGCAUCAUCUCUGUGACGUCGACGGACACGGGCUCGCUCUACGCCAAGUCGCCCAACGUCACGCAGCGUCACUACGGCUGCCACAUCGUGCGCACCGAGUACUACAAGGAGCUGGCUGCGCGCAUGGUUGUUGCCUCUGUGGCCAGAGCGGCGGCACGCUGUAACAAAGGGAUCGAGGUGCUGCUGGCGGUGGCGCUGGAGCACUUUGUGCUGGUGGUGGUGAGGGUCCUCAGGGGUCCGACUCAGGCAGACGAGUCGACCAAGAAGCUCCGCAAACUGAUCCACUGCCAGUGGUGCGAGGAGAGAGUCUUUCUGAAGCUGGGAAACAUGGCGGACGACACACUCCCCUGUAACUGUCAUGGAAGUCUGCCUGGAAAAACCGCAGUGCAGCUGGGACCUCUGUGGUCUGGUGCUCUGUUCAACACCGGCUUUCUGAGGAGGAUGCUCUCUGCAGCCGUGCAGCACAGCAUGGACGACAUCCAGCCGCUCGUCAAAACCCUGAUCUGCGAGUCCGAAUGCACCACCCUCAAGUCUUUGGUGCACGGGUCGUCAGCGCUCACCAACCAGGUGGAGUGUGGAGUCGUUAUCAAGACGUUACAGAGUGGAGAGGAUGGAGGUCCGGCUGAUCAGGCGGGGAAAAGGAAAAGCGGGGAGGAUUCUGGGAACGUUGUAAAAAAGCUAAAGGCCGACGCGUCUCUGGAACAUCCGCCCUUCUAUUACAGCAUCCACCGGCACAGCAUCCGAGGCAUGAACAUGCCCAAGCUGAACAAGUUCCUGCAGUACCUGACGGAGGCCGGCUUCAGGGUGAGCCGGACUCACUUCGACCCGACGGGCGUCCGGACCGACGCCACGCUGCAGCAGUUUAAAUCCGUCCUCACCAAGUACAGCGCGCCCACGUGCACCAACGCCGGCGCCGGCGCUCAGGCCAGCGCCGAGAAGACGGUCUGAGCGGAGAAAAGUCCGGAAACAUGGCAGCUCCUUCUCUCCCAACUCUGACUGCACUGAUGGACGUUUAGCAGAGUCAGCUUUUAUUAAACGGCUGAUUCUGCAACAGCACAACUGCGUUAAUCUGAUGUCGACCUAUUUAAUUUACCCUGAAAACUGUUUCUAAAAGUUUCUCCUUGUUCCUCAUUUUUAGAAGCAGAAUAAAAUCUCUAAAUGUUUUAUAGCGCCAUGUUUCAGUCAGUAUUCUUCAGAUCAAUGGUACCAAAUAAUAAAAUGUUUAACCUCCAGA